AGUCUUGUCUUGGUAAAGGUCGACUUCCCUGCCGGCGUUCGUCUCAAAGCCAGACGUUGUUUUGACUGCUGAGUUAGUUAAUUAAUAUAACGAUUUCGUGGCUAAAAUGACGGUGCAGUUUGGCAGCAUGGCUGCUUUUUGGUUUAUUUCCAUUCUGGCCGUUACUUAUACCGUCAUUCUGACUUCACAAUUCGUCGCCUUCCUGUCUACGCAAAGGGGAAUUCUCCUCACCGAAGAGGAAGAGCCAAUCUUCUUUCCCCUUCUUGUGGACAACCUGUUGAUGAACCUAUUCUUCUGGCAGCACACACUACUGGCACAGUCGUGGUGGAAGGGAUUGUUGCAUGGCUGGGGUCUGGCUGUGAUAGACAGGACCAUCUAUAAUGUGCUGACCGCAGUUACUCUACAGGUCCUAAUGCUCCUCUGGCAGAGCCCUAACUACGCCCUGUGGUACAUAGAUACGUCAGAAAGCCCCACACUCUGGCUUUUUUUCUUCCUGAUUCAUUUAACUGCAUGGGCUCUCCUGAUUGGUGCAACACUGACCAUGGACUUUCUGGAAUUAAUUGGUGUCAGACAGGUUUAUUACUACAGUGUUGGAACUGGUCCUCCAGAGGAACACACAUCACGCAGCAUGCAAAGACUGUACAAGCACAUGCGUCAUCCUGGAAUCUCGUGUUUUCUUGUGAUACUGUGGCUUCAUCCUGUUAUGUCGUACAGUAGAUUCAUCUUGGCAGUAACUUUCAGCCUGUACCUCUUUCUUCGUUUCAAUGUCAAGGAGGAAGAUUACUUUGAAGCAGUAGAAACUGUGGAUACCUGGCACGAAGAAAGGCGCUCUCAAAGACAGCUGCGAAUGUCGCGGGUUCAUGCAGAGUGAUAAAAUAUGUCAUCUUUAAUGCUCCUUGUUAAUGUUAAGUAUUUUAUCAGUGUUCUUGAUUGGGCCUCAAUCAGAAAUGAUUAAAUGUGAGAAAACAUGCAAAGACUUGUGAUAUACAUGUAGCUUUUCCCUGAUUAUGGCAAUUUUUUUAAUUAGUAUUUUUUAAAACGUUUUAUUGGAAUAAGACUAAUGGGGCAAAGUAGAAAAAAUUACUUGCAUAGUCCUAGAUUGGUGAACUUGGGUAUUUGUUAUUAGUCGAAAACAAAUGGGUCUAUAUUUAGUGUAUAUCAAAAUUAUAUAUAUAUAUAUAUAUAUAGAGAGAGAGAGAGAGAGAGAGAGAGAGAGAGAGUUAUGGUAUAAAGAUGCAUAAUAUUUUUAUUAAAUGCGUAACAUUUCUAUUGCCUUUAUUGUUGCUUUGCUUAGGAAAUUGCCCUUUUUCUUUGUUUGCUUUAUUGGACUUCAGCAUUGUAUAAUAAUGUGUCCUUUUUGUCAAGAGAAUAGAAACUGAUGUAGAAGAUAUCUGGUUUAUAUAUUUAUGCAUUAUAUAUAUUUGACUACAUUAUAUAUUUUUACUACAUAAUAUAUACAUUUAUUCAUAUUUUGUCCAUUUCAUAAUAUUACCACAUGAGUUAAAGUUUGAAAAUAAUCUUGUUUUUUGGAAAAUUUCAUCCAAGACUUUUUAGUCAUAAAGCCUUUUAAUGUUUGCAGUUUAAACAUUAACCAAAUCGGCAGGACCUGUGGAUAUGAUAGACGGUGAUUGGAAGGCUUCCAGUUCCAUAGUCUUAUACAGUACAAUGGAAUUUAAUGUUCUAGUGUUGUCUUAUUUUGAUAUAAAUAUUAUAUAAUAAAUGGUUAUAAUACACUACAGUAAGCUUAUUUGCAGAGUUAGGAAACUGCUGUUAGCUGUUGUAAGAAAACUUUUAGUGGUUUUUACUUUAUACUAUAAGAUUGAAGCUGCUUUGUAUUUUUCAGUUUCAUUUUUAGUAAAAUGUCUUAGUUUUUAGACUAAGUAUAAGAAAACAAAGUAAUGCAUUUCAAUAAAGGUUUCUUCCAUAAGGAGGAAUACUUUUAAAAUGAUACAUGAAUUUUAUUCCAUAGUUUGCAUAUUAUUUACACUAUACUUGGUUUGGGUAUUUAUUUUAAUAUACCUAAGUCAAUUUGAAGAAAGUUGCUGAAAGCAAACACUAUAGUCAUGCUGGUACGUUGCUUCAGUUUAUCAUUAUUGUAAACUAAUGAAGGUUAAUUGUGACAUCUUGGGUCACUUUUGCCACAUAAAAACUGAUAUCCCUUCUUUACUUGCCUCUGGGGUAU